AUGAUCUUCUCUUUGCUCGUGUUCCUUCUCCUCCAAGUUGUCGGUAAUCUUCUUUAUUUGAUACCUUCGUUUAAUCGAUUGAUUCAGAACCCAAGGCUUAUGGUCAACGCGUAGAGUACCGCUACGAGUACGACCCUAAGAAGAGUGCAAAGCCUAUCGUGGAAAUCACUUAUGGUCUGUUAAGGAAACUUAUAACGAAGAUAUCUUCUGUAGACGAUGUUACCGAUGAAAUGGAACUUGCAAAGAUUUUUAAUCAGCGACGCAAUGCCGAUGUUCGGAAGGCGCCGUCAAAACUUAGAGUGAGCAAAACUUGAGAAAACAUUAAAACUCGGACGCAGUACCUUGAAGGACCGCGAGAGAGAAUGAACUUGAGACUACCGUCACAUCGCUUCGUGAAUUUUAACCAAGGCUGGAUGAACGACAACCGCAAUGUGGAGAAAACCUGGCAGAGUGAACUUGGAGAGUUUCCCUUCGUUAACUUAAACGGCGACACUAAGGUAACUCGAUCAAGCACAAAACCUUUGAUGAGAACAGAAAGGUUUCAGGCGAUGGCGGAUGAGAUGGAAUCUUUUCUACGACGACAGUCCGAAUCGAUUCUGGCUCAUCACUUUUCUCCUAUGCAUAAGCAUUUCAGACCCUACGAAAAUCCAUUUUUCCACAGAUUCUCUCUUUUCAAAGUGAAAUAG